AUGGCUUCUUUCAAGCUCUCGCUCCUCUUCAGUAUCUUGGCUUUUGUCAGCGCCUACUCACAAGCACCUGGAACAACUGUGACCACGGUUACUACUAGCGUUACUACCGUCUCGAUGGACGAUGAAAACCAAUCCGACCUGCUGAGCUCUAGCGAGCGCAGCAUCAUCCGCAAGACUUGGGAUCAGGCCAAGAAGGACGGUGAUGUCGCUCCUAGGAUUCUUUUCAGCUUCAUCAAGCCUCAUCCAGAUUACCAGAAGAAGUUCAGUAAAUUCGCAAAUGUUCCCCAAGCUGAACUCAUGACCAACGGCAACUUCUUGGCUCAGGCCUACACCAUCUUGGCUGGUUUGAACGUCAUCAUCCAUUCCCUGUCCAGCCAAGAGUUGAUGGCCAAUCAGCUGAACGUUCUCGGUGGUGCCCAUCAGCCCCGCGGAGUUACUCCUGCCAUGUUCGAGGAAUUCGGUAUCAUCAUCGAACAAGUGCUCGAAGAGGAGCUCGGAAGCAGUUUCAGCACGAAGGCCAGCCAAGCCUGGAAGAACGGAAUCAACGCCCUGCUAAUGGGCGUCUCCCGGACUCUCAAAUACCCCGAAGAUUUGGCCGAUUCUCAAACUAAGUUAAGCCCUCACCAAAUCCGUGAUGACCAAAGGAGCUGGGAAAACACGCGUGCUGGCCGCAAUUCCACGGUCACUUCCAUCUUCGUCAACCUCUUCAAGGAGACUCCUCGCAUGCAGAAAUACUUCGCCAAGUUCGCCAACGUCCCUGUUGAAUCAUUGAAAAGCAACACAGAAUUCAAUAAGCAGGUGGCUCUCGUCGCUGAUCGUUUGGACACCAUGAUCUCCGCUAUGGAUGACAAACUGCAAUUUUUGGGCAACAUCAACUACAUGAGGUACACCCACACGGAACGUGGAAUCCCUCGCGGACCUUGGGAGGAUUUCGGCCGCCUCUUGAUCGAAUUCUUGACUGCCAAGGGAGUUUCUUCCGGUGAUCUAGACUUGUGGAAGGGAACGUUGGCCGUCUUCCUGAAUGGUAUCGCACCCAAGAAUUAGAACCCGUUUCCACGAGUACCAA